CUGUACUAAGCGAUUUGCAAAUUAGUCGUUGAAAUCCAAUCGCAAUAUGAAGCUGCUCUCGAUCGCCUUUCUUUUGGGUCUGUUGGCUCUGGCCAGUGCCACUCCUCUUAAUCCCGGCAAUGUGAUCAUCAACGGGGACUGCCGAGUUUGCAAUGUUCGCGGCGAUUAAAACUAAUAACUUAAGCUUGAUUGUUGAUUAUUAUGAAAUAAAAUAAGAUCAUUUGUACAGUUAAA